AUGUCGUCCGCCGCUUCAACGUUCGUGAUGAGUCAUUUAGAUCUUGUGGAGCUGCGAAAGGCCAAGAAGACAGAGAGUACUGAUCAGGGCGAGGUCCCACUAUCGAGCGAACAAGUUGCUGCAGUGGCAACGGAUUGCAUACCAUCAUGUAUAGAGAGUCGGAGAAUUCCGAAACCGCCUGUUGAGCUUUUAGACGAAGUGUAUUCUCCGAGCAUACCGUCAAGAGGCUACCAAUUCUGCUUAGUGUGCGGAAAACACAAGAAAUUCACUAGUUUAGCUGGUCAUAUACAGGAUGUGCAUAAGGAAUUCACGGAGAAAUGGGAAAUACAG